AUGGCCAUGGUCCCUUCGUCCUCAGCCCUUCCGUCGGGGACCAACGCGGUCUGGAAAACAUCAACGGCAAGAAAUACUCAACUUCAACAUGCCAUAAAACCCGUCCCUACGGUCGACUUACCCGCCUUGCAGGGUGCUGGGCGCGUUAUACACGAACAGCUGGUCAAGGAUGCACAGGCAAUUCCAGCGUUGGGGGAUAUGUUGACAAUACUUAAAGCCUUGACAGCUGGCGCGCCAUCCUCCGCGACCUAUAAUGUCUUUCCAGAUGACCACCGCGUACCGUUUCAAAAGCGGAGGCUCAUAGGCAUUCCCGAGAGCUUGUUCCAGUACUAUAAUACUGCCAGCGUAACGACGCAUAUGGGACUCAUACCGGAGAUUGACAGAGUCUGGAUAAGCAUCGACCAUAACUUAUUUCUAUGGGAUUAUAUGGGAGGAGACGAGCUGAGCUCCUUCACCGAUCAACCAGACGUCAUCACCCACGUCGCGCUUGUGAAGCCGAAGGCUGGGGUCUUCAUCGACGAAAUCACGUCUCUCUUGGUGAUUUGUACCCCAGUGUCGGUCUUGCUGCUGGGCGUCUCGGCCAUCUCUGCUGCCUCUGGUCACUCUGGUCACCGUGAUAUCAAGCUCUACGCCACCGAAAUGACUGUGCAGACAGAGGUCGAGAUGACAUCUGUGGUUGGUACUUCCGACGGCCGCAUCCUCAUGUGCGGUUUGCAAGACGGAAAUCUGUACGAGCUGCAUUAUCAAGAGAAGGAGGGCUGGUUUGGCAAGCGAGUGCAGCUCGUCAACCAUUCAGUGGGUGGCGUGCAGAGCUUCUUACCGAUCCUUGGUGCAGCCAAAGCAGAAGACCGGAUUGUGUCCAUUGCUUCCGACCCCUCUAGGAACUGUUUCUAUACGCUGACCUCCAAUAGCUGCAUCUCGGUAUACAGAAUGGCCGGCGAAAAGGCCGUCAGCCAUAUACAAACACUCUCCAACCUCUGCAAGGCUGCUCAAGAUAAAGCUCCGGGGUCGCCUGCUAUCACACCCCAAACAUUCUCACUUUCUGCCUUGCACGUCAUCGAACCAGGCACAUCACAAAACGAUCUUCAUCUGAUCGCGCUGACGAGUAAUGGCUUGCGCCUGUACUUCGCUCCAGGGACGUCGGGAUACUACAGCUAUAACUAUACGGCCAGUUCAUCCACAGGCGGACAGCGCCCGCUUCAACUGGUUCAUGUCAGGUUGCCGCCAGCGAGUCUCCUGCAUCCUGACGAACUGGCGCAGCUGUUUCCACCUACUCUUCCCGGCUAUGGUGCCCACCCAGGGCAAACUGAACAUAAUCCUCGUCCGUUCAUCAUCAAGGAUCUGGAUAACUCGUGCUACGAUGCUGGUCUUUUAGUUGCUGCUCAGCCGGGGGACACAGACGGCACUGACUUCAUCCUUUGUCUGUCACCUGACCUGACAAAAGUAGGCUCUUUCGGACAGGUCAAUGGUCCCCAGACUCCCCCACAGCCGCAGGCAGUGGCUUAUGGCGCGGCCGCUGGACCACCUCGUCCGCUGUUGACAGAGUAUGCCACUCUUCUGGCCAUCCCUGGACGAACUUGGGCGAUGGCGCCAGUCCCGAGGCCGUCAUUAGUCACUGUAACCGACAAUCCACCCAACUGUCCUGCGCCCUCUGUGCUGAAUGAGGUGGCGAGGCAGUUCUCCGAGCCCCCACGCCAGUUCAUGAUCUUGACGAACAGCGGACUCACCUUCCUUGUCAAACGUCGCGCACUCGACUAUUUGCGGGCGGUAAUCGAGGAAUUUCAGGUGGAGGGCAAUGCGCAGCCUCUGAUUCAAUUCAGAGAUAGCUUCGGCCGUGAUCAGACUUGUGCCAUGCUACUUGCUAUCGCUAGCGGUAACACAUUCCUCGAUCUUGGCGACCAGUCUGCCUUGGGUACGGUGACUACCGUCAGCGCGGAACUUGCAACUGUGGCCAAGCAAGCUUUCUACGACUUCGGAGAGCGGCCAAUGUGGGCGGAAAGGACAACAUACGGGACAGGCGAUGCUGCGACGUCAGGGACCGCGACAUUUAGCGGGCGCCGGGAAGGCCUUGCUCUCUAUUUUGCUCGUCUUGUGCGCCCAAUAUGGACAGCGAAAGUCACAAAGACAGGAGCCAAUGGUUCGGUGGAAUCCAAUAUCUCAGAUGAGGUGCUUAUCACCGUGCAGAAGAACCUGUACGCGUUGAAGGAUUUCCUGGACAGGAACCCACAUUUGUUCCAUUCUGCACCUGGAGACCACACCGGAGCACGUGCGGCAGCUGUCAGUGAGCAGGAGGCUUGGAAGGCUGAGCAAAGUUCCGUAAGCCAAUUGCUGAGCCUGCUGGGUCGGACAAUCGAAGCUGUUUCGUUCAUCCUAUUGCUCUCUGAUCACAGACUCGGCGACUUGGUUUCUCAGUGUGAACAGUCCGUCCAGAAGCUUGUGACUUCUGUGUCAUACGAGCAACUGAUCACCUCACAAGAUGGCAUUACUGUCUCGCGGGCCUUGGUCAAUGUCGUCAUCAAUCAGCAGAUUGGCCAGCAAAUAAGUGUGGACACCAUCAGCGAGGUCUUGCAGCAGCGCUGCGGCUCGUUCUGCAGUACAGACGACGUUCUGCUUUACAAGGCUAAGGAGAACGUCCGGAAGGCUGUUGAAACUCGCAACCCGGCAGAGCAGCAGAAAUGGCUUUCGGAGUCCUUGAGGUUGUUCGUUAAGGGCGCGCGGAUAUUGGACACUGAGAAGCUGCGAGAAAUCGUUGGCGACUACCAGCACCUCCGAUACGCCAAGGGCGCCGUAGAGCUGCCCCUCUACUGCGCACAAGUGUUCGACGACGGCCAAGGAGCAGAAUACUGGGCUUCAGGCUGCCUACCGAAUGAUCCUCGUGCAGAGCACUGGCAGCGCCGGCAUCACUGCUAUGAGCUCGUGCUUGAUUCAUUAGAGCAGUUCGAGGAGCUGGCAAAGAAGACGCCUUCCGACGAUCUCGAUACUGUCCGAACUUAUUCAUAUGCGUUGGCGUUCGCCAGCGAAGAUGAGAUGCUCCACUCAACACUCUAUGACUGGCUUAUUCAACGCGGCCUCGCUGAUGAGCUGCUCGAGAUGAGACCGGUGUACCUUGAGGCGCAUCUCAGGAGGGAGCCGAUCACGGUGCAGAAGUACCAGUUGCUUUGGCAGUUCUAUGUCAAGGACGGCCAGCCAUUGCGGGCUGCUGAAGUACUUGGUGCCUUGGCUGAAUCGACGGAGUUCAAUCUUUCUCUCGAAGAGCGCCUAGAGUACCUCACGCUGGCUGUUGGCAAUGCCAAAUCACACCCCAUCUCUUCCAUGGGGGCACACGAGGCCGCCAUAGCCUUUUUGACUGACCUCGAAGAGAAGCUCGAAGUCGUUCAAGUGCAGCUGGAGAUCUAUCACACGCUUCUGCCACAGGUCAACGGAGAGGACGCAGCCAAGGUGCAGCUGCUCAGCAAACGGCUGUUCAGCGUUACCGAACUGUAUCAGUUGUUUGCUGAGCCCUUCGACCUCCCUGUGAUGAAGCUGCUCAUCUUCCACGUAUCGGGUCACCGCGAUGAGGCAAUAGUCAAGCCCAUCUGGAAUCGCAUCGUCGAAGAGGGGUCCCUGAUAUUCAGUUCAGCUGCGGACAACGCCGACCCGAAGAUUGCUGCGGACCAGAUCAUAUCCAAGGUCAUUCCUUUGGGCCAGCGGUUUUACCCCUCGGACAGUGCAUUCCCCACGCGCCACAUCGCGUCGUUGUUGGUUCGCUUCGCAUUAACUCACAAGGGUCUGCUUCCCCACGGUUGGGCGCCACGAAUAUUUGUGCAAUGUGGUAUGCCAUAUCACGAGGUGUGGGACAUCUUCCACGAGAUGUACGAGUCACAGAUACCACCAUUCAACGACCAGACCAAUGUGCAGGCCGUUUCGUCUGACAUUGCGGUGUUGCUCACCGACUGGCUUGAAGACGUCAAGCGGCCAGGCUCAGCUGCCUCGCGUGGCGAGUUUCCCGUGUACAGGAUAGACCAGGCGGUCGACCAGUAUGUCAGCGAGCUCCAGCCUGGGCGGACAGAAACAAAGACUCUGUACGAAGCCGUCAAGAGGCAGAUCCGUCGCAACUGGUAG